ACGGCGUGUAUGAGGUAGCGGAUGCCGACGAAGCGGCCGAUGCAUUGGCGGGGUGCGAUGGGGAUCCGAGCGCAGCGGCUACCCUCGAGGAAGGUAACGUAGAAAGAAAUAUUCUGUAACAUUUAAAGGCCUCUUUGUCGAAACUGCUAACUUUAAAAAAAAAAUGUAGGGGAUGAUGAUGAUGAUGAAAACCUGUUAGACGCUGUAUUCUCAUACAUCGGGUCGAUGUUUAAUCCUCGAGAGGAAUGAGAAGUGCGGUGUAUGUGGACACACAGUACCAGACUGGUGGGGGACCCCUUCUUCGGUCUCACAGUUGUGUCGACGAAGACACCGACAACGAGGGAGCCAGCGAUAAUGACGUGUUACCACCAGGGUAUAGGUUUACCGUACAAGCCGAAACGACACGACGCAUAAAUCGGUUUUGAUUAGACGGACGCGAGAUAACAAUGGCUAUCCGGCAGCCACCCCAAGAUCCUGAUACGGAUACGGUAUCUUGGCUGCAGGGUGCAGUCCGGGAUAUACACGCGUACCUUACAAGCUCGUGUGCCGCGCAAGAUUAUAUAGGUCUGACGAUUAAAUCAGACAGUUUUGCGUGCGGGGCCGCGUGGCUGUCGUACAGGCCGGCUCGAGACUUCCUUGAAAACGACGUGUGGGGUGUAAUAUCAUCCGUCGCGCAGAGCGCCCAGACAUUCCAAAUAGACAGAUCUUUUGUCAUAGUGUCGUGUAUAGUGGAAGUACCGCGGGGUACAGGGCGCGUGCAAUUAGCGCACGAGUUUGUAAAAAAACACUCUAUACUUGCCAUAAUAAACACCGAUAAUCUCUGUCUACCUAGAUCGCUCGCUGUGGCGAUGGUAUACGCCGAACGCGGGGAAGUACGCUCUGGGGAACUGCAUGAGAGAUGGAACGCUGUACGGCGUCAACGGGGCAAAUUUCAAAAACAAUUAGCUCUCGAGCUUGUGGCAAACGCCUGUGUAGACAUACCGCCCGAUGGCUGCGGUAUUCGGGAAAUUGAUAAAUUUCAAAGACACCUUGCUCCGGAUGGUAUAGCCAUUGUUGUUUACGAGUUCGACAGUAUAGGCAGCGGUGAGAAACCGCUGUACGACGGAUCGCAGAUAGUCGAUAGCGCGUACGGUUCAGGGAAACCACGACAAACUCUCCGCAUCCUGUAUUAUAAUAAUUCGCAGCAUUGUUAGCCUAUUUUAAAUAUGCGGGGUGCGGUCGGUAGUCGGGGUUUUUGCAUACCAUGUAACAGAUCUUACACGCACGAGGCACAGCAUAAGUGCUCAAACAAAUGCGCUAGAUGCUUCGGAAAACCACCUUGCGAUUCGGCUCUCCCCACAUUGCAUUGUCGCGAGUGCCAUAGGUACUUUUUCGGUCAAAGUUGUUUCGAUAAUCACAUAAACACGCUGAUUAGUACAGUAGGACCUCGAUUUUAUGGAACUAGAUUUUAUGGACAAAUCCCACUUCCUUGCUAACACUUUAUAGAGUGGGGCGCAUGUGCGCUCUCCCAGCCAGUACCGUAACUACACUCUAGUGUCGGCAGCCAUCCGGGCCCGUUUAUAGUUUAAGUUGUACAUACAUAUUAUAAAUACGUACAUAUAUUGUAAGUUAUAAAUGACCAAAGAAAAAAAACGUAGAAGUUUAACAAACAAGGAGAAACUCAAUAUUCUUGAUAAGCUCGACGAAGGCAUUUGUCCUACAGAAAUUGCGAAUCAGUUCGGUGUCUCGCGCACGUGCGUUUAUAACCUCAAAAGUAGCAAAAAAAAGUUUGAAGCUCUCGCGACCUCAUCGAAUGCUCAGCUUUUACAAGCAAAGAGUUUUAAAACAGCAAAAGAUAAAGUUUUAGAUGAUGCUGUAUACUUGUGGUUUUGCCAAAAAAGAUCCCUCGACGAACCGAUCAGUGGCCCAUUGCUUUGUGAGAAAGCACGUGUACUCAAUGAGAAACUGAACGGAGAUCGUUCAGAUUCAUUCAAGGCGAGUAAUGGUUGGCUCAAUAAUUUUAAACGACGCCAUGGUAUUCAUCAUCUCUGUGUACAAGGCGAAAGGCUAUCAAGUGACACAGAAUCAGCCAAUACAUUUGUUGACGAGUUCAAACGAUUCGUCGAAGACAAUGGCUACACGAAGCGCAAUAUUUACAACGCUGAUGAAUCAGGACUUAGUUGGAGAUCUCUACCACGAAAAACUUUGGUCUGUAGUGACGAAAAUAGUGCACCUGGACGUAAAGUCAAUAAAGAAUGAGUUACAGCAAUGUUUUGUGCCAAUGCAUCGGGCUCACACAAGAUUCCCAUUCUCAUUAUUGGGAAAUACAAUAAGCCGAGAUGUUUUAAAAACGUCAGGACUCUUCCCGUAAGCUACAAAGCAUAAUCGAGUGGCUGGAUGAACAGAGAAAUAUUCUUGGAUUGGUACACCAACGAGUUUAUCCCUCUGGUCAAGGCGAAGAAAAUGAAAACAAACGAUCAUGGUAAAGUGUUAUUACUUUUAGAUAAUGCCCCGUCACAUCCUCCUGUGAAUGUACUAAACGCUGUCGAUGAAAACUUUUCAGUUAAGUACUUGCCACCGAAUGUCACCGCUAUUGUUCAGCCAAUGGAUCAAGGCGUGAUCGGAACGGUCAAGAAGUUACAUCGUAAACAUCUUGCUCGCAGGUUGCUAUUGGAUCAUGAAGGACGAGUCGAAGAUUUUCUAAAGGCAUUGACUCUUAACGAUUGCUGCUAUAUGAUUUCCGAUGCGUGGGAAGAAAUCACAAACUCAAAUUUAUCAAAAGCUUGGAAAGUCUUUUUCCCACAUGCAACUAUACCUGAUAACGAUGAAGAUGCUGCCAACAAGGUCGCGAAUCAAAUGCAAGAAGCUGUGAUCGACACACGCUUGAUAUUUGUACAGAUGCCAGAACUCAACGUGUCGGAAACGGAAAUAAUUUCGUGGAUCGAAGAAGAUCAUAAUCUUCCUGGGUGGGAACCGUUGAGCGAUGAGGCUAUUAUUGGAAUGGUCGAAAAAAACUACACGAUCAGCUCAUCGCCGUCAAAGGCUGAAGAUCAAACAGAGUCUAUAUCACGUUCUCAUGGAGCAUGCCAUAUCCUGUCUGCUAUCAAUGAUGUUGCCGUAUGGUAUGAAAAACACAAAAAUUGUAGACUCGAAGAUCAGACAGUUCUGGCAAAGAUACGGAAUAUCUACGGAAAACGAAAAACGUUUCUGUUAUAGAUUCAUUGUUCCUAUCUUAUAAUUUUGUUUGAAAUAUUCAGAUAUUAUGUAUUUAUGCUUCGUUAUAUAUUGUGAUAUU